AUGCCUCAGCUCCCGGGUAACAGCAGUUCACACGAACAGGCUGCUGUGUCUUAUGCGUCGGAAUCCAUUGUCUCCAUCGCCAUCUUCAUCAUCGUUUUCAUCAUAGGCGUCCCAGGCAAUGGACUGGUGAUCUGGGUGGCUGGUCUGAAAAUGAAAAGGUCUGUGAACAUUGUGUGGUUCCUCAACCUCGCUGUGGCUGACCUUAUGUGCUGCCUGUCCUUGCCGUUUUCCAUCGCUCACCUGGCGCUCCACGAACACUGGCCGUACGGUUGGUUCCUCUGCAAAGUCAUUCCAUCCGUGAUAAUCUUCACCAUGUUUGCUAGCGUCUUCCUCCUCGUGGCUGUCAGCAUCGACCGGUGCCUCCUUGUGAUGAAACCUGUCUGGUGUCAAAAUCAUCGAACGGUGAAAUUCGUGUCACUAAUAUGCGGUGGCGUUUGGGUCCUGGCCUUCAUCUUCUGCUGUCCCGUCUUCCACUACCGUGAGACUAGCGCUCACGACGGCAAAACCGAGUGCGGGUACGAUUUCGGAGAUGAUGAAGUGCUGGAUUAUCAGGAUGGGUCUGUCAGUGAGUUCUUGGAAGAAUACUCCCCUGUAGCCUACAACGGCAGCGACUUAUGGGGAGCUUUCUAUGAAGACGAUUACUCUGUACCCCCUGCCCUGGUGGUGAUAAACAUUUCCAGGGCUGUCUGUGGCUUUGUGCUCCCCUUCGGCACCAUGGCGGUUUGCUACGCCCUGAUCACUGCCAGAACACGCGCAAACCGGCUUCACAGGCCGCGCAACAGGAUGCUGCGAACCAUCGUGCUCGUGGUGGCUGCGUUCUUCGUCUGCUGGUCUCCAUACCACGUCGUUGGGAUUCUGUCCCUUGUACCUGGUCUCACAACAGGGCUGCGGGAGUCGUUGGUCCUCUGGGAUCACCUCUCUACAGCACUGGCAUAUGCCAACAGCUGCAUCAACCCCCUGCUCUAUGUUUUCGUGGGGCGGGACUUCAGGGCAAAGGCAUGGCAAUCAGUGCAGGGAAUCCUGGAAGGUGCCUUUACUGAGGAACCAACGCAUUCGACCCCUUGCUCCCUGGACAGAAGCAAGACCUCCACAGAGAAGGACGCGAGCAGCACAGUGUGA